AUGGCGAGAUCAAUGGCACUCUCGCUCUUUGCUAUCUUUGCGUUUGCCGCUGUCGUGUAUUCGCAGAACUGCAUCGGCAGCACCGGAGCCAAGGUCUACGAGGCGGAAAAUGGAGUUCUCAAUGGAACGACUGUCGCGACAGAGCAGGCUGGUUUCACGGGGACUGGGUACGUAACCGGCUUCGAAGACGCCACCGACAAGGUCACCAUCAACCUCGACUGCCAGGGCGAAGGUCAGAAGCUGUUCGAUCUCAGCAUUAGAUACGCCGGAAUCUACGGCGAGAAGCGCACGAACGUCAUUCUCAACGGCGGUGCCGCCAGUGAGGUUCUCCUGUCCGCCACCGAGACCUGGACCAAUGUCUCCGCCGGCCAGGUGCUGCUCAACGAGGGCAGCAACACGCUCGACAUCGUAACUCACUGGGGAUGGUACUUCAUCGAUUCCAUCACCCUCGCGCCCACCGAGGCCCGUGGACCUCACAACGUCAACACGGCCCUCGUAAAUUCAAAGGCCAACGCUGACGCCAACGCAUUAUACACCUACCUACGCUCCAUCUACGGCAAGAACAUCCUCUCCGGCCAGCAGGAACUCAACUACGCGAACUGGGUCAACGAGAUCAUCGGCAAGUCUCCCGCUCUCGUCAGCGUCGACCUGAUGGACUACUCUCCCAGCCGCGUCGAGCGCGGAACCAUCGGCACCGCCGUCGAGGAGGCCAUCACCCACCACGAGCGCGGCGGUAUCGUUUCCGUUCUUUGGCACUGGAACGCGCCCACGGGUCUCUACGACACGGAGGAGAACAAAUGGUGGAGCGGCUUCUACACCCGCGCCACCGACUUUGAUGUCUCAACAGCCCUCGCGGACACCACCAACGCAAACUACACCCUUAUCAUCCGCGAUAUCGACGCCAUUGCCGUCCAACUCAAGAAGCUUCAGGAUGCCGGUGUUCCUGUGCUCUGGCGCCCGCUUCACGAGGCCGAGGGUGCCUGGUUCUGGUGGGGAGCCAAGGGUCCCGAGGCUUGCAAAAAGCUUUGGGCUUUGGUGUAUGACCGUCUCACUGACCAUCACGAGCUGAACAACCUUGUCUGGAUCUGGAAUUCGGUGGCGGCUGACUGGUACCCCGGUGAUGAUACCGUCGAUGUCCUCAGCACGGAUGUCUACGCUCAAGGCCACGGCCCCAUGACAACGCAAUACAACGACCUCAUCACGCUUGGUAAAGAUAAAAAGCUAAUUGCGGCUGCCGAGGUCGGCAGCGCUCCCUUCCCUGAUCUCCUCCAGGCGUACGAGACCCACUGGCUUUACUUCUGCGUAUGGAGCGACGGCUUCAUCAACAACAGCGAGUGGAACAGUGUCGAUGACCUGAAGAAGAUUUACGACAGCGAGUACGUGCUCACUCUCGACGAGAUCCAGGGAUGGAGAGUUUCAGGCUGA